AUGGCAACGGAAAUGCAAGAAUCAUACGACCCAACCACCGACCCUGAGGAACAAAGACUCAUCCUCUCAGUCCUAGACUCUUUCCGCUCCUACCGCCGCCUCGCUCACUACAAUGGCACACACCUCCGCCGUCAAGCCUUUUAUUCCCUCCCACAAUCGCAUUGGACACUGCUAUCAAGCCCACCUUUCUCUAUCUUAUCCACACUCUCUCAAGUAGACGACCUAAUCGAUAGCAACGCCGAGCUAGCGGAAGCCAUCUUUAUAGCAGGUUUCAAAGCCUUCUUAGCACCCACUCUGGACAGUGACUGGGUAGCUUCAAUUGUGCCAGAGAAGUAUACUUACGACGAAUACAAGGUCUUCGGGAUUGUCAUGGAUGCAUUGGGAGCGAAGACGAGCGAGGGUGAUGUGGAGAAGGCACGGAGUUGUGUGAACCAGUUCUGGAGGGAGUGGAGUCAAGAAGGAGAAGCGGAGAGGAUCAAAUGCUUCAAACCUGUUGUCGCAGCACUGGAGCACGAGUUCACCUUACGAAGCAGUACGAUCUCGGAUUCAGAUCGUGCAAAUACCAAAGUCCUGGUUCCAGGUGUAGGGCUAGGCCGUCUCGUCUUCGACAUAUGUCGUACAGGCUUCAGCGUCGAGGGGAACGAGAUCUCCUACCAUAUGCUCAUGGCAAGUGCGUUAAUUUUGAACGAGACAAAAGGGACUGGACAAUUCAAGAUUGCUCCCUGGGCACUAAACAGCUCAAAUCACGUCUCCCGGGAAGACCAAUUGAGAGCAGUCACGGUACCGGAUGUGCAUCCAGCAGCGGAGCUAGCAAAAGAGGGGGCUUCGAGAGUUCCGGCAAGUGAGCGGAUGGGCAUGUCUACUGGCGACUUUUGCGUUGUCUACGGCCGACAAGACUACGCGGAGGAAUUCGAUGCUGUAGCAACCGUCUUCUUCAUCGACACUGCACCGAACAUUAUUCGGUAUAUCGAAGCUGUUCGCAACUGUCUAAAGUCUGGUGGGCUUUGGAUUAAUCUUGGUCCUUUGUUAUGGCAUCCACCACCACGGAGAGUGCAUGACGAAGACGAGGUUGCGGAGGACGAAAGAAGGAGAGCCGAUGUAGACGCAGGAAUUGGUGAUCCAGGUUCGGUAGAACUCACGAACGACGAGGUGAUCGCGCUGGUUGAGCAUUUUGGGUUUGUAAUAGAGAAGCAAGAGCAUGGUACUGUCGAGACAGGGUAUAUCUCCAAUACACGGAGUAUGCUGCAAAGUACAUACCGCCCUUCCUUCUGGAUAGCGAGGAAGAAAUAA